AUGUUUUCUAGUAAUCUGUUAAGAGAUUGUUGUUGCCUAAGGCGCUCAUCAAAGAAUAAUUUCGCUUUAAAUCCUCCAGAAAGCCUUAUUUCACUUGAUUCAGGACAUAUUGGCCAAGAAGUAGUUAUUUUGAAAAACGGCAAACGUGUAUGUGGUUCGGGUGGUGCAGUUUUGAAUCAAGCGCUGCUUCAGUCUAAAAGUUACUUCGAAGUAAAAAUCCAGCAAAGUGGUCAUUGGAGUUUAGGACUUUGCACAUUGAAUACGGAUUUGAAUAANGAAACUGUCUACAAAAUUCGUUCUGAUGCUAAAGCUUUAUGCAAGGAAUUAUUAUUUUAA